AUGAUUGCCCGCACCGCGCUGCGUUGCCCAUCUCUGCUCGGCCGCAGCCGCGCGUUCGCUAGUAUCGGUGAUAAAGCGCCGGAUGUCGGAUUAGAUGUGAGCUUCCCUGCUCCCAAGGAGGUGAACUUUGCACAGCGCUGCAAAGGGCGCCGCGUGAUCCUUCUGGGGCUACCGGGCGCCUUCACGCCCACCUGAUCCACGAAGAACAUCCCGGGCUACCUCGCCGCUACUGAGGCGUGACUCAGUGUACUCACGCGAUCGACGCGACUGCUCGACCGGUCGAUACUCACCGGUCGUCCGCACAGGCGCUCGCGGAGAAAAACAUCGACGAAGUCAUCAUCUCGGCCGUGAACGACGCCGCCGUCAUGGGUGCCUGGGCGACGGCACAGGACAUCGACGACAACGACAAGCGUACGGGCGCUGUGUGGAAUUCUUCACAAACUCAUAUCCGGCGACGCGUUCGUGAGAGAGGGACCCGCACCGCCACGCCAUCGAACAGAUGGCGCGUCGAUGACGUCGAGGUCGACGCGACGAUUCGGCACGAACGCGCCGUAAAAUUAUGAUUUCCACACAGGUGCGUCGGCGCGCUACGUGGCCCGCGCGGACCACAAGGUCACGUUGCUCGCGGACGCGCGUCGCUACCCGUGCGACAUUAAUUAGUGCCUUGGUUUUUUGAGACGUCGAUUCAUCGCAGGCUGCGAGCUCGCGAAGGCUCUUGACUUAGUCCUGGACCACCCGAACAACCUGCAUGAUUUGGGCGGGCCGCGCAUGAAGCGUUUCGCUGCCUUCUACGACGACGGCGUGCUCACGUCCCUCAGCGUCGCCGAGGGGCCCAAGGGCGCGGACGGCCUCCACAGCGACCCGGCCGGCGACGACGCGCCGGAGUCGACGUUCGCCGAGAACUUCCUGAAGACGAUCUAAGGGGCUACGCCUCCGCGGCGGGCGCCCGCGACGAUUACGACGCACCGCGCGGCCAUCAUACGUGCCGCGCGGGGCCGACACCAAUCGCGCGCGCUAGCUUCGGUGGCGCCCCAUAAGCAUAUGUGAUAUAUA